AUGCAAUUACGGUUGAUUUUGACGGCAUUUGCCUCUUUGGCAAUUGCAGACUACACUCCUGUGCGAGUUCCAUGUCCCUCCACCAAUCUUACGCGUCCUGCCAUUGGACUGAAUCCUGACGAAUCUGCUUACAUUGAGCAGCGACAUACCAAGACCAGAGAAAGCCUCAAGACAUUUCUGAAGACUCUAGAAAGUUCCUCUUUUGAUGUUGAUGCCUUUCUGAAUGAGAGGUCUCCCAAGAUCGCCGUUGCAAUUGCUGGAGGAGGAGUAAGAGCUUCUCUGUUUGGAGCCGGAGUUUUGGCUGGUCUGGAUGGUCGAGUUUCCCAAAACGGUACCGGGGGUCUGCUUCAGGCAACAGACUACAUUUCUGGUCUUUCUGGGGGCUCCUGGCUUGUUGGACUGCUCUGUUUGUCUGACUGGAUAGCCGCUGACCAGCUAGUUGGAAUGAGCGAGAAAAUGAAGUUCCCAGGCAUGCUUGACACUUUUGGCAUGAUGCUCAAGAUUCUCACAGACACCAUGGCUAAGAAAAAGGCCGGCUACCAGACAUCCGUGGUUGAUCAGUGGGGCAGACUGUUCCAUUUUGUGACUGCCGAAGCUGGUUUGAACUACACGGAUCCGACAUGGAGUGGAAUUCGCAACCUGAGCUCGUUCCUGGACUUCUCCAUGCCCUUUCCUAUAAUCACCUCAACUUCUUUAUUUCCAGGAACCUCGUUUGACGUCACCCAUAUCGACUAUAUCAACCCCAUGGUUGAAAUGACACCCUUCGAGUUCGGAAGCUGGGACAGAAACUUCCGUUACUUCGCUGACACUGUGUUUCUGGGCACGGAGAUGGAAGACGCGAAGCCCCUGAAUCAGUGUGUGCGUAAUUACGACAAUCACGGUCUAUUCCUGGGUUCUUCAGGUGGAAUCUUCAAUGCUGACGUGAUCGGCGGAUUUGAAAUGAAAGGCUUACAUGCGAUAUUUUUGUCUGGAGUCUUGGAGUAUCUUGAUCUUGUCAACGAAGGUGAGUUCCGAGUAGGACUUAUUCAGAACCCCUUCUACAAGAUGGCACAUCUAGUCUCCAACCAGACAAUCUCCAGGUUCAUGUACUUGUGCGAUGGAGGGUUUGAGAAGCAACAAAACAUUCCUUUGCUUCCUUUUCUUCAGCCUGAACGAGAAAUAGAUCUUCUCUUUGCCACUGAUCCAUCAACAGAUACUAUGGAUGGUCAUGGAUGGCCCAAUGGAGCUUCUCUGAGACACACAAAGGAGAAGAGUGACCUGGAGUUUGGCAAAGGAAUUUACCCUGAAAUUCCCGAGGAGGACGAGUACUUGAGCAGAAACUUGUCCAUGCAACCUGCCUUCUUUGGCUGCGAUAUCGCUUCUCUGAAACAGUACAACAAUACGCAACGGUAUGCCCCUGUGAUUGUCAACAUUCCCAUGGGAAACCUGACGUAUGCUUCGAAUUUCUCGACUGGUAAGUUCUUUUACACUCAUGAAGAAACCCAGGGAACCUAUUUGAAUGCCUACAAUAUGGCCACUAGGUCCAACUUGACCGAGGACGAGAAUUGGAACGUGUGUCUAGGGUGCGUAUCACUGUUGCGCGAAUUUCAGAGACGGUCCAGUGAAAUCCCCGACCAAUGUCAGACCUGCUUCAACCGCUACUGUUUUAACUAA